AUUGUCACUUUCUAUAUCAUUAGGUUUUUCAGUUAGAUUCAGGUAAAAAGAUCUGACUUGGAAAGUUUCUGUUCAGGUAGUUCCUUUCUUUCUUAUAUUCUACAUCAAGCAAUUGGAAGAAAGAAGCUGUCUCUAUAUAGUCUCUUUAUUCUCUAUUUCAUACACUUCUCUGCAGUUACUGCUCUUUGGUUGACAUGUAAGAUGUUGGAUCUGGGUUUCCAAUAUUAUCAGUUGGAAAAGACUGUUUCUUUAAUGGAUUCUCUCUGUUCUUGUUGAAAAUUUUUCAGUCAACUUUUUUCGUCUUGAUCUGGGUUUUCAAUAUUUUCCUCUUUCCUGGCUCUCAGCUCAAAAUCUUUCUAGAGAGAGGAAAAAGCAAAAAAAAAAAAAAAGGCUUUGUAUUAGAGAAAUUUUGAAUCUUUGUGGGUUGGUUCAUGAGUCUCUGAUCCUGGUUAUUAGAAUUUGAGUUGGGUUUUAUUUUCUGUGGGAGAUUCAUCAAUGGCAAGUGAAGAUUUGAUUGAGCUCAAAUUCAGGCUCGCUGAUGGCACCGACAUCGGGCCGAGCAAGUACAGUCCAGCUACCACUGUGGCAUCUCUAAAAGGAAAAAUACUUGCACAGUGGCCUAAAGAGAAAGAAAAUGGUCCGAAAACAAUAAACGAUGUGAAGCUUAUUAAUGCCGGAAAGAUACUGGAAAACAACAGGACGCUUGCCGAGUCCAGAGUCCCAGUUGGUGAACUCCCAGGUGGUGUCAUCACCAUGCAUGUUGUUGUGCGGCCUCCUCUUUCUGACAAAAUCAGUGACAAGCUGCACAAUGAUUCUUCAGAGAAGGCUUGCUGUUCAUGCUCCAUCUUGUAGCUGGAAGUAACAAAAUCAAUGGAGCUUCUGCAAUUAUGUUCGUGGUCGCCAUGUGCUUCUGUUGGACGCUUCUUGCUGAGAUGCAGUUCAGAAACUCAGAGUUUGAUUUUAAGCAGAUGGAGAAACAAGAAGCUUGGUGGUUUCUUCACCAGACCUCAUUUAGUUUGAUCUUGUGGUUUCCUUCAGUAAAACCUUUUUGUUCCUUCGUUGCUUGUGAAUGAUAGAAACGAAUAGGGCAAAUUGCUGGAUUUGAAGCUUAUUUUUAUUAA